UUUACCUCUUACAAGCUCAAGCCAUAGCUCUGUCAGAGAACAUUUAAAGAACUACAUUGCAAUUAAAGGACUGUAUUCGUGGGUGUCGUGCUGACAGUUAUGCAACACAAAAUGUUAAAAAAAAAUCUUUAUAAAUCUUCUGUAGUGUUGGUCUGUGGUCUUAAAUCAAACCUAAAAGGGGCUUGUGGUCUGGUGUAUGAUUCACUUGGGAGAUAAUGGCAUUAAAUCAUUUGUAAAUCGUAGUGUAUAUCGAAACUGCACCUUCGCAUUGGUGUAGUUAAUAUCAAACAAACCCUUUAUCUUUUAGUAGACCAGCGGCACUCGGGGGGGGGUGGUCGGUGCGUCUGCUUUCUUACGUCUUUACUUCCCGCACGCCCGGGCGGGGACGUGGAAGCAACAAUGGGCGAAGUUAGUAAAGCGCAGAGCACCGGGACAUGGCUUUUUGUCAUUUGGCAAGUCUGCAACGUUUUCAUGUCUUUAUUCUUCGCUCUUGCCACGUAUGUUCAGAUCAAUGAUCCAGACGCAGGGUUGUGGAUGGUUGGGUAUGGGGUCCCUGCAGUCCUGUGUGCUUUUAUUGGCUUGAAACCACAUGUGACAGAGACUUUGCCCUGGAGGCGUGUUGCUGAUCUCCAUGUGAUGAUAUCUAGUGCUGUUAUUGCCAUGUUGGGAUGGACACUUUAUAAAGAGCGGAUCACACAGAUCUUCCAGCAGGAGGAGGGCAGAGAGUUUUCUGGUCUCAUGCUGACAGUUGUAUGGCUUCUCCUGUGUCGCCACUCUGGAAGGGCUCCGGUCGGGAUGCUCAGAGUCUCUACAGCUGUUGCCAUCACAGUCUUCCCCUUCGUGGCCUGGCUUUACUACUACAUCAAUAAGGAGCUGAGAUUGAACUGGCCUUCACAUUGUAAAACUGCUAUUUAGACAUCGACUUCUUUCCUACUUUUUACUUGAUCAAAAAUUAAUUUUGUGAUAUUGUUAUGACUGAAAAUCCUGGACAAUAUGCUGCUUAAGUAAAGUUUUUGUGGCAUCAUUAUAUGCAAACAUAUGGCUGCCGAGGUGAAUUGAAAUGGUGUUAUUUUUCAAAAAAAUAUUUUUUUAAUUUAAUGUUUACCUACAAACUGUCUUUGUCUUUGACUUUCAAUUUCAAUGUGUAAAUUUUGACUGAUAGAGAUUAGAGAGUUAAUCAAUGUUAUUGAUUUUUACAUUUACUCUUUCAAAUGAAGUGCACUGUGUAAAUAAUAUUGAAUGUAAUAAUAAAAAAGUAAAUCAA